UCAGUUUUUUUUAAUGCAGAGUUCAUAAUUGUGGCGUUUAAUCAGCUGUACUUAGAAUUAAUGAAAAAUUGCCAUGAAUCUUGCUCCUGAUAGCUUUGACAGUGAAAGAUCUGCUUCUAGCGGAAUGGAUGAGAGACAUAUUAGUUCUGUACAGCAAGCUGAAGGUAAUACCUUAAUGAGCGGUGCUUUUGACAGAGUAGAUAUUACGAACUCAAAUAGUCAACAUUUUCCCAAAGACGAAAGAAAUCGAGGAAAUGCAGAGGGCAAAAAUGAAAUUCCCAUUCCAAAUGCGUCAAUUAAUUCCUCUGUGGCGAACCGUGAGAUGCUGAAUGGUGAUUUAAAAAAUGUUAAGAACCUUAAGUUUCCACAUAAAGACUCUUUAAUGUUUAUUAACAAAUUUUCAGCCAAGCAAAAAGCUACGGUUUCGAAUAAUAAACGUCGAAGAGCUCCUUCUACUUCUAAUAGACCUACUAAUAAAGAUCCUGCAUCGAAACGUCAAAGAAGAUCUCAAACUGGUAAUAAUGCGAGAAGAAAUGCGUCUAAAAUACAACGCUCAAAAAACCAAAAUCAGGGGAAAUCGCAAGCAAAGCGUAGGGGAAGAAGCUCAAAAAGUGCUCAACGUGCAUCUCAACGACCACGAUCUCAACAGGCAAAAAAAGGAAAGAAAGUUGCAGCAAAGACUGACUCUAAAAUGAAAAAUGAAUCAAAAGGUAAAAAUUAAACUAAAAUACUGAUGGUCGGGACAUACCCAAGGAAUUCUGAUAAAUACCAUAAAAUUUAAUUUAAGAAGGGGGAUUUAAAGAAAAAUGAUGUGGUAUUGAAAACUGACGUGAAAGUGAAAAUUAACUGAAUCAUUGUAUAAUUGUUCUGAAAAGGAUAAGUGCACGAUGAAAUAUUUUUUAAUCAAUUAAAAUAAAUAAAUUUUAUAGCUCUAAAUAAAUUUAUUUCAAUCUGAAA